AUGGGCUCGACCACCGCACAAUCCUCCAAGCGGACCGUCACCGCCGACGACAUCUCGAGUCUCAAGUCGCUGUUGACGUCGACCAAGGCCGCCGUCCUCACCCCCCAGGAUGCAUCCUACGCCGCGUCGAUCAAGCGCUGGUCCAACGCGGCCGAGAAGCCCGCGGGCGUGGUCGUCGUCCCCACCACGGCGGACGAGGUCGCCGUCGCGGUCAAGUUCGCGGCCGACAAGGGCAUCGACCUGGCCGUCAAGGGCGGCGGCCAUUCGACAGCCGGCGUCAGCAGCACCCACGGCGGGUUGCUGAUUGAUCUGAAUACCGGCAUGAAGCGCGUCGAGGUCGAUCUCGACAGGAAGGUCUUCCUCAUCCAGGGCGGCGCUGCGUGGGGGGACGUCGACCAGGCUGGCGUGAAGCACGGGCUGGCCACCGUGGGCGGCACGGUCGCCGACACGGGCGUCGGCGGGCUGACUCUCGGUGGUGGCUACGGGUGGCUCUCGGGCCAGCGGGGCCUGGCCAUCGACAACCUGGUCGAAUGCACCGUCGUGCUCGCGACGGGGGAGAUCAAGACGGCCAGCGCCCAGGAGAACCCGGACCUGUUCUGGGCGCUGCAGGGCGCGGGACAGAACUUUGGCGUCGUCACCGAGUUCGUCCUCAAGGCGUACGACCAGGGCGACGUCUUCGCCGGCAUGCUCAUGUACGCGCCCACGCCGGAGAACAUCGAGAAGGUCGUCAAGGCCACCAACGACCUGUACACGCCCGACGAGCACGGCAAGACCAAGGUCGCCGGCCGGGGCGCCGGCGGAAUCGCGUUCGCUCGACCACCCCCCGCGCAGGGCCAGGUCAUGCUGAUGGCCGUGGUCAUCUAUUUUGGCAGCGAGGCCGAGGCCAAGGCGCAGUACAAGGCGCUGUACGACAUCGGCCCGGUGGUCGACACGACGGCCACGGUGGCGUACCCGGUCAUCAACACGGUGCUGGCGCCGCCGAUCGGCCUGCGCGCCAGCAUGAAGGGCACGGCGUUCACGAUGCCGCUGCGCGCCGGGUUUGUCGAGGAGAUCCGCCGCGAGUACACGGCCUUCACCGACGGCAACGACGACACGGGCAUCAGCCUCGUGCUCUUCGAGGUCUACGACCCCAGCCAGGUCGUCGCGCACGACGCCGGCAGCUUCGCCAACCGCGGCUGGCACCUCAACGGCAUGGUCUGCCCCAUCUGGACCAAGCCCGAGCACGACGCCUCCUGUCGCCAGUGGGCCAGGGACUUGACCGCGCUGUUCAAGCGCGAGCUGGAGGACCAGGCCAAGCAGGCUGGCAAAGGCGUGGACGGGGGCGUGGGACUCAAGGGGAACAAGGGCGCCACGAUGCUCUAUGGGAAUUAUGACCAAUAUGACGAAAAAUCCCGCGACAUCUUCGGCGACAACUACCCGCGCCUGCAGCGGCUCAAGGCCCAGUACGACCCGGGGAACGUGUUCAACAAGCUCUUUGCGGUCACGCCGCAGGCUUAA